AUGUUCUUCUACGGUUUCUUCUUCUUUUCCCUGCUUGCUGCUACCAGCUUCGCAACGCCUGUCAGUAAUGUACCUGGAACUGCCACUCUCGGCGACCUGACUCAGAACGAUUGCAACAUUGAAGUCAAACCGGGAGCACUGGCUUUCCUCGUAUCGCCGAAGUCUGAUUUCGUUGAAGCAAAACCUGGUGCCACCGCUGCGGAGAGCGGGAUGUGCGGCCGGUCUGAUGGAGACGUCAUUGUCAUGAACGCUGCGGGCACGGUUCUCGCGAGCCUCUCGAAUUUCCCAGAGGUAUUGCCGGUCGGUUUCUGCAACGAAUGCGGUCCGAACGAUGUGAUAGUCAAUCAGGCGAUAUUCGACGCACUCAAGGGAAACCCGAACGAGAAAAUCAUCAAGAACGUCUUUGUGACAAUUGCAUGA